AGAAGGUCCAUCGACGCACAUGUUGGCCUUCUAGGCUGGCGGUCCGAAGGUGUUUGCUUUGUCAGAUGAUUUGUGGAGAGCUGACAUCUCCAUGUUUGAUUCUUCGAGUGACAAUGCCUUAACUGGGCUGGCGAUAGAUCGAACAUCAUUGUUAAAACAGCCUGAUCCAAGAAAUCCAGAAAAACUUCUUCCUCCAAGUCCGGUAAUGUUAUGCACGUCACUUGACUCACGACUUCUGCUAUACUCGGUCCUGAGGUUGGAUGGUGAGAGUUGGUAUAGCACUGGCCUAAUAAGGAUUCCAUCUAGUCUUGAGGAGUGGGCAUCGAAGUCUCCCGAUCCUAAGGUGGAUGCCGAAAAAAAGACUGUAACGCCAGUUCCUGUACGUGUGGAGCCCAAGGUUACCACCAUGAAUGGCAUUCAGCCAAGGGUGUUUUCUGCAUCAAAAACUGUGAACGAGCAGUUGCAUAAAGCUCAGGUGGAUUUUAAUCAAAAGGAGAAAAAGCCGCCUUUACCUCAAGACGGAGCAUCACAAAUUCCUGUAGAGAGACAGCCAUUUUCGUUUAAAAGGGAAGACGAGGUUGAGAAACGUUCUUCACGAUCACAAGGAGUUUCUGAAAUGGAAGCAGGCUUUCUGGCAGAAACGGACAAGGUGAAGAAAAUCGUUGAUGAUAUUGAUGGAUUUAUGCAUAUUAUCGAGAAAGAUUCUCUUGGAUCCGGUUUAACAAGGUCUGGGGUGGACAAGCUGGAAAACGAAAUUGUAGCCGUUUCAGCGCGAUGCCGUAGUUUUAAGCAAAACUGCAAGAGAACUGUCAGUUUGUUGAGGAGCUUCGGGAUCAAAGCCUUGAUGUUGACGCAUGGAUAAUUAGGCGGUACCAGGACCUCUGGGUUCACCGCAAGCUUCACCCGGAAAUGGACAUCAAGCGAAAGCAUGUUAUCAAUGCAGAUGAGGUUUAUACUACUCGUCCCUAUGCAUCUGACUUGGUAUAUGUAGAGAUUGAAAAGACAAAUUUCUGAUCUCGAGUCUCAUCUUCAUACACUUGAAAUAAGUCGACGUCAAAAUAUGUCUUCGAAACAACGGUCUACUGCUGGAGACUUCCAAUCUAUUCAAAGUCUUUACAGCACAGUCAACUCUCAGAUGGAAGCAGCUGAUAAGCUAUCUGUACAUCUCGCGGACUUGAUGGAAUCGAUAUAUCGUCAAGUGUUACUUCCCUAAGGCCCCGGAAAAUGCAAUCGUAUUUAUUGCAGACCAAGCCACCGCAGACUAAAGCCGAGAGUGUUUUCUCUACGCCAUCCAAGUCUAUCUUGUGUGAUGACUUCGCGCCGGUGGAAAGCACGAGAAGGCGAAGAGAUUCCUUAGAUAGCGGUAUUGGAGCAACGAAAACCACGAUCAAAUGGUUGGGCACACACAUGUGGUCAAUAACCGGAAGGCUAAACUGCUUGAAUCAACCUCCAGUAGUUUCCAGCCGCAGUCAACUUUGAAGCAGCCAAGUGUUACAGAAGUGACGACUCUCGUAUUAGCACCUGCAGCGACAUCUUUGGGUACGACGAGGCCUUCGUUUUCUUCUAGGACGGAUAUAGUUUCACAGAAUUCUCCGCCUCCUCUUGGUGACUGGGGUUUAAGAUCGCAGCCGCCUUCCUCUAAUGCUUCAGCACUCAAGGUUCCUGACAUCUCAAGAGCUUCUGGCAAUGGUAUUCGUUUCGUUACCGCCCCGGCCACAGUCACGUCAAGCAUCACCACUCAUCAUCAACGUGGCUACCAUCGUUGGAGUUGAAGGCUACACCGUUCACUUCAUCGUCGACGUUGAAGGCUGCACCGGCUGUUGCGUCUUCCAGACCUUCGGACGUGGAAACUACAGCUUCCACAGUGCAGGCUACACCAGCAACUUCCACAUCUUCGGAGCUGAAGGGUACACCAGUCACCACAUCUUUUAUCUUCAGAUCUGAAAGCUACACCUAUCACCUCAACUCCCACGUGCAGUGUUUCUACAAGAUUAGUCUCCAUCAUUAUUCCAGCAGUUGGAGCCGAGUCACAUAUAGCAGCGACAUGUAGCGUCUCCAGCGGUUCCUCCCAGUCGCUUGUAAGCUCGUCGACCUCGGCUGCUCUUCUACCUGCAGCUCCACGUACUACAUCAGAAGUGAAGCCAGCAGCUUUCAGCUUCCCGCCAUCAGCGUCUCCCGCUACUGCAUUAUUGUUUGCAUCGUCCUCAGCUGCUACGUCCACACUGACAACAAAAGUUCCUUCCAGCGGUUACAGCAGCUCGCCGGUAGAAUCUACUAGCCAGCUGGUUCCUUCGCCUUUUCCAGCUUUGCUUCAAUCUCAGCAGCAGCAGCAGACUACUCAAGCCGUGCGGCCGCCACCAGAGGAAGAGGAAGAUGACGUGGACGAGGAGGCCCCCUCGACUGCAUUCUCGGGCUUUGGGAAUCUCGGCCUGGGCUCGGCCUUGCCUUCUGCGCCAGCGGCGAAUCCUUUUGGCGUAACGCAGAGCCCGCAGGCCACCUCGUUCGGAGAACUGCAAAGCCACCACCUGAUGCCGCGGCCGCAAAACCAGCAGCCGACGUAGCACUGGCAAAACCACUGCCGGUUGCCGCAGGAGCAAAACCACCGCCCGGCGAAGCAUUUGCGAAACCAGCUGCACCUGACACUGGACCACCAAAUCCAACUUGUCUCGUCUGUCCGAAUGCACCCAGUGCACUACCCAGCGCGCUCCCAGCAGGCUGUCCGAAGCCGCUCGAAGGAGCCUGACCAAAUCCACUAGCAGGCGCGGCGGGCUUGGAGAACGCACCACCUUCUGGCGCGGUCGUAAAACCUGUUCCCGGAGAGCUCAAGGAAAAUGCAGCCGGCCUGAACAGCUGACCAGGUGGUGGUGCACUCCGGUGCAGCAACAGGUGGUGGAUUUCAAGCGCUUGGCCACGGCGGAAGCUUUGGUGGCUUUGGAUUUGGCUCUGUACAACCGCCUGGUGGAUUUCUCCCGGGUGCUGCACAACCGCCGAAUAAUCCACUUUUCACCGCCAUGAGAAAGUGAUGCAAGGGUUGUAGCUGCAUUCGUUGGAGAUUUUCCAGCUGACACGAGGUAUAUUCCUUUGGUGUCUUCCGUAACCCACACGAGGCAGUCGAAAGAGGUUCCGUUUGUUUCUUUUCUCCUCUCUAGUCGCCUGAAGAAAUGUGCUAGCGAUUUUUUUUAAACAUGCAGGAAAUGGUAUUUGUGUGAUCCA